UAUAAAACCACCCAGCUGACUGUCAGUAGAGAGGCAUUCUCAGCAGCACAAUCUGGGAGAUAAAAUGAGUCCAGCGGUCACCCUUUUUCUCAUUGGCGUCUCCAUGGCAUUGGCCGGGAGUGUUACCAUCAAGACCUUGGUUUUCUCCACUGAGACAAACAUCAAUUAUGUUGAGAUGAUCCCUCAGAAGAACCUGAACCUGAGGUCGUUCACUCUGUGCAUGCGGGUGGCCACAGAGCUCAGCGGUAGACGAGAGGUCAUCCUCUUUGCAUACCGGACCAGAAACCAUGACGAGUUGCAUGUGUGGCGUGAACUGGAUGGAAGACUGUCCUUUUAUCUAGCUGGAGGUGGUGUUUUAUUUAAAGUCCCUGAGCUCGGAGCCCUGCAGACCCACCUGUGUAUCACCUGGGAUUCCACUUCAGGUUUAGCUGCCCUCUUCCUGGAUGGCAAGAGGAGCUUAUCUAAAAUCUACAGGAGAGGUCACACUGUCAGGGCAGGAGGCAGGGUUAUCCUGGGACAAGAUCCGGAUUCUUUCCUGGGUGAUUUUGAUUCCGACCAGAGUUUUGUUGGUGAGAUCUUUGAUGUGAAUAUGUGGGACACUGUUCUGGCAGAUAGUGUGAUCCAAGGCAUGUUUGCAGGGAAGAGAGAACCAAGAGGAAAUGUUUUUGACUGGGAAAGCACAGAGCUGAGAAUUAACGGGGACGUCAAGGUUGUCACUCGUGAGCUGUAGCUAUAAUGUUUACCCACAGGAAUAACCCCAUUCUGCUGUAUGAAAUAAAGAUACUUUAUUGAUCAAAAUGUGCAUCAGUAUCACUGACAUGACUUCAGAUUACUGCUUUUUGAGGCCGAAUAAAAGUAUCUGCUGAAA